GAGGAACGGACGUCCCACAUUCCGGGCUCCUCCUCACACCUUCCGGGCCCAAGAUGUGUUUCCAGCGACUCAUUCUAACCUGGGGAAUCACUUAAGAGAUGGCAGGACCCAGGCCACGGCACACGCUCGGUGAGUGCCGGAGGUCAGAGAUGGGGAUGUCCACGGCAGUUCCACGGUUUGGUACGCGGCUUCUGCAGACGGCCCUGGUCCUGGCUGUCUUCGGUAACCUUCUGGUCGUGGCUGCAGCAGUUCCUGCAAGGAUCCGGAUUGGUGGAAUAUUCACCCAUGAGAACAAGAUGGAAGAAGAGGCCUUCAAGUUUGCAGUGAUGUAUGUAAAUGAGAUGAUGCCCGAACUGCUGCCAAGAACCCGGAUUGAUUACGUCAUCAACAGCACCGUACUUCUGCCAGAAUUCGUCGGAAUACAAGCAGUCUGUCACCAGGCUCGCUCCGGAGUGGUCGCCAUUAUCGGUCCAGGAACUUCUUCCGGGGUAAAGUUCAGCGACGCCGUGUGUUCCGGUCUGCACAUCCCGCACAUCGCGCCCAUUGCCACUGAUCCAACCCUUGCCAACCGAGAGUUUUUCCCGUAUCUACUCCGAAUGUCUGCCCCGGACUCGGUGCAGAGUCGGGCUCUCGUAGACCUGGUGACGCACUUCGGCUGGACACACAUGGCAAUACUCACUUCAAGCGAUGAUUAUGGUAUUCACGGUUUAGUGGAAUUCCAAGCUAUUGCAGCCCGAAAGAAGUGGGACAUUGUGAGUGUCCAGCAGUUCCAGACCGGAAACGACAUCAGCAUCGUCAACGCGACGUCACAGCUGAAAUACAUCGUCGGAACAGGAGUCCGAGUGGUUAUCUUGAACUGCCUGGCUCACCACGGUGUGCGAGUGUUGCAGCAGGCUGAACAUCUGGGCAUGACCCGCUCAGGAUGGGCCUGGGUCGUCACGGACGGCGUCACUACUAAGAACACCAAGUACCUGACAUCGCCAGUCCCCAGCUACCUGCAGGGCAUCAUCGGCACGGACCCGGACAUCGCGCAGGGCUCCCUCCUGAGGGAAGUCCGCCAGGUCUGGGAGAACGCUGAUCGAAGCCGGUUUCCACAUGCUGGAAAAUACGAGGUGGAGUCCAACUUCGGUCAGUUCUUCGACGCAGUGCUGGCCAUCGCCCACGCUCUGGACAAUAUAUUCCGGGACGGUCACCACAUUGAGGAAGAGAAGCUGGAGUGUUGUGAAGAGAAGCGGCCCUGGAAGUACGGCAAACUGGUGUUGGACUAUCUCAAACAGGUUGAAGAGGACGGUGUGAUGCGGCGACUGCGAUUUUCCGGACACGGCCACCCGAACAACCCGAGUUAUGGUAUCAUGAACCUACUGUGCAGUGGCUGGAAGAAGGUUGGAAGCUGGAGCGAGGACACGCGGCUGAUCAUGCACCAUCCGGUGCGGUUCAUGGGCGGGGCGGACAGCGUGGUGGACUACGUCAGCGAUCUCAUGAACAGAACACUGAAGGUCGUGACGAUAGAAGAACCGCCCUUCAUCUUCUACAGCGAGAAGGACGAGCACGGACGCCCGCGCAAGGGGAACGACAGAUUCUACGGGUUCUGUAAGGAUAUGCUGGAGCACUUCAGUAAACACCUGGGGUUUAAGUACGAGAUGUACAUGGUGGAGGAUAAGAACUUCGGCGCCAGAGAUCCGGUGACGGGCAGGUGGAACGGGAUGGUGCGAGACCUUGUCGUAAAGAAAGCUGACGUCGCGGCUGCAUCGUUCACCAUCAGCUACGAACGGGAGCAGGACAUCGACUUCACCAAACCCUACAUCGACAUCGGGCUCACGUUCGUGCUCAGUAACCAGAUAGAGAAGGAGGAUCGUCCCUUCAAGUUCUUAGACGUCUUCGAACCCAACCUGUGGCUGUCCAUACUGCUCAGCACGCUGGCGGUCUCCUUCUUCAUCUCGUUGGUGAACAAGCUGAGUCCGUCCGGCUACCACGGACACUUCGUCCAGGAGGAGGAGCCCGAAUUACUAGCCGAGGAAGAAGAUCCGGAGGAGAUCCAAGAAAAGAAGGAAGAAAUGAUCACGAUGAUGAGCUUGGGUAACGCCUUGUUCUUCGCCGUGGCUUCCUUACUUCAGCAGGGCGGCGAUGUGUACCCAAGAAGUGAAGAAAAACCCGCUGAGAUUAAAGAGAAGAAAAAGGAAAUGAUCGGGAUGAUGAGUCUGAACAACGCUCUGUACUUUGCCGUGGCCUCUCUGCUAUUCCAAGGAGGCGACAUUUUGCCAAAGAGCGGACCAGGGCGGAUCACUGCAUCCCUAUGGUGGCUGGUGACAGUCAUUAUUGUCGCCACGUACACAGCCAACCUGGCAGCCUUCCUCACUGUCUCACGGAUGGACACAGACAUUAACUCUGUAGAGGAUCUCGUAUCUCAGAAACUGGUCCAGUAUGGGACGGUGCAAAACAGCCAACCCCUAUCGUUCUUUGAGUCAUCCAGUAUCCACACCUUCGAGACCAUGGCUCGAUACAUGAAAGUACACAGCACUCUGACGAUGAGCUCGCGAGAUGGCAUUGAGAAAGCGCGUGAGGAGAGGUACGCGUUUAUCUGGGACAGCGCCGUGCUGGACUACGUCGUCAAGCAGCCUCCUUGUAACCUCCGCACGGUGGGCAGGCUGUUCGGGAAGAUCGGCUUCGGCUUCGGACUGCAGAAAGGUUCCGCCUACACCGACGCCUUCUCCAUCGCUAUCUUGCAAGCCAGAGAGUCAGGGUAUUUGGAUAAGUUGAAAGAAAAAUGGUACACUGGGGAGUGUCAGGACCAGAACUCGGCCACCACGGUGACCAACGACAAGAUGGACGUGUCAAAGCUGCUGGGCGUGUUCUAUAUCAUCUACGUCGGCAUGGCGGUCAGCGUGGUCGUGCUGGUCGUGGAGUGGGUGGUCGCCUGUAUGAUGGCGGUGGACCAAACUGACCCAGAGGCUCCCAAGACCUUUCUCGAGGCCUUCAGAAAACGACUGGCGAUCUUAGAGCGCGACAUCGAGGAGAACUGGUUCCCGACCUUAGCCAAGCGGCGGAGGAAACAACAGGAACUCAAGGAAGGCGUCAAGAAGAAGAGAUCGGUGAGCCAGAGCUCCUCAAGAUCAGCCGACUUCAAGAACUCCCGAUCCGCGGGGAGUCUCAAGAUUAACGGGAACUUGCCAGAUACUGUAAUAGACACCAGUACUAAGGUUUAGACGGAGUUGUGCAAAGAUUGGGAAGCUUUUUGAUUACAGCAAUGGUAAUAUAUAAUAUACUGGUCAUGGUUGGUCGUUUCCUACCCUGGGAGGCAGACUGGAGAUCGGGCCAUCGGCCAGUU